AUGCCAGUCUCGGCCAUAUUCGAGUUCCGUGAACUUUAUACUUAUCUUACGAUUCAUCGUUACGUAGAGAACAGAGGCUACACGGAAACAGGCUAUGAGAAAUGGCGAAGGAACCAUAUGAACAACUUUGGAUCAAAGGUGGUGGACAUUGCAACCUCGAGAUCUAUCCGGACUACAUUACACAUCUCUACCGGACAUGGAGAAUACAACCACCAAGUCUCGUCUCAAGGCGAAUCCAAAGGAUGUUCCGGUUGCGGUUGCUGCAAAUGUUCUUGUCUUUCGUUGAAGGGAUGUUUCUCUUACUGCAAGAAACCGAGAUGUGUUAGCUGUUGUUGCUCCUGUCCCAAGUUCGAAUGCUGGAGCUGCUUCGGGAUGCGAAAAUGUCCGAAUUUCCCUUGA